AUGGCGUCUUAUCUUCGCAGUUGGCUCUAUGCACAAACACCAUCGGAUGUCCCAAACACGCCCUCCAUCGUCGAGAGCGCCCCGCAUGAUUCAGACGGUGACACCGAGACGAUCCACGGAGGAGACGACACAGACGACAUGCCUCCCUCUUUCCCUAGCGUGAACAGUGCGCAACGCAUUGCAUCCGACAAAUUCACGGAGAAUGGCAUUCCCAUGAUUCUCACAGACACCCAGCCGAUGCUUCCGCCACCACCACCUCUGCUCGCCCAGCGACAGCCUGGCAUCUCGAGUGGCUCAUUGGCUGUCCCACUAACGACCAUCAAGCCUCCAGCGAAGUCAUCCAAGCGAGGGAAGGUAGCUUUGGCUCCGGGGCAUGGUCCGUUGGAUUGGGCGAACCUGAAGAAGUCCGGCCAGGAUUUGAGGGGCGUGGAUACAUUUCUUCGUGUAACUCCUUCUAUGCUGAGGCGGCAUAAUAAGAGGGAAGAUGCGUGGGCUGUGUUUAACGGGAAGGUGUACAAUAUCACACCAUAUCUCUCAUAUCAUCCUGGCGGGGAGAGGGAGCUUAUGAGGGUUGCCGGACGGGAUGGUAGCAAGCUUUUCGCACUGACUCAUGCUUGGGUGAACCUAGAUUACAUGCUAGAUGGUUGCAUGGUAGGGUUCCUCACGGCGGAGCCCUCGUCGUAG